AUGCGUCUCCUCAGUUUGAUACUGAUAUGGACGUGGCUCGCUGGUCGAGCGCAUUGCGUCGACAGCACAGCCCUUCUCACUCAACUUCCAGGAUGUGCGUCGCCUUGCCUGGUAGAACUCAUGACGAAGUCUACGUGUGGCGUAGAUAUACCAUGUCUUUGCGCUGAUCCGCUGCUCAAAACCGACGUCAUGGGCUGUGUCAAGAGCAAUUGUGAACCCAUAGAAAUGCUGACGACGAUGAACGUGACCUCGACAGCGUGCGAGUACCCCGUGCGCGACAAGCAUCAGAGCAUUAACAUAAUGAUUACCUGUAUUAUUACCAUCUCUGGAGUUAUAGUUGGACUCCGGUUCUACGAUAAUCUGGUGUAUAAAUCUGGGCUUCACCUGGACGAUUACCUCAUUUUUGGUUGUCUGCUUUUGGCAAUAGCAAACUCCGUCGUCGUAAUCUAUGGACUGUCAACACACGGUCUUGGUCAAGAUAUCUGGCUUUUUGGCCCUGGAACAAUCACAACUUACCUCAAGUACCUUUAUGUCGGACAAGCUCUCUACGCUACCGAAACGUUUACGAUUAAGAUCUGUGUCUUGUCCUUUUAUCUUCGCAUCUUCCCUGGCAACACUACGCGAAUGCUUAUUUGGAGUACUAUCGGCGUAUCAGUUGUUUGCAUGAUCAUCUUCGACAUCCUAGCAAUUGCACAAUGUCGACCGAUUAGUUAUUUCUGGCAAGGGUGGGAUGGCCUACAUGAGGGCACAUGUAUUGGAGUUAACCCCUUAGCCUGGGCAAUUGCUGCAAUUGGUAUUAUCCUCGACCUGUGGAUGUUGGGAAUCCCACUAUCCGAGGUUCUGUUUCUCCAAAUGAAGUGGAGAAGGAAGGUCGCAGUUUCGAUGAUGUUUAUCGUUGGUACUUUUGUUACCGUUGUAAGCGUGCUGAGGCUUCGCUAUCUCGUCCAGUUUGGCAAGUCCACCAAUCCUACAUGGGACGGUUAUGAUACUUGCUACUGGUCGGCGAUCGAGGUCAACGUUGGAAUCUGGUGUGCUUGCAUGCCCAACAUUCGUAUGCUAUUGAUCAAUGUUUUCCCAAGGCUGAGAAGCUCUGCCGGCUCACGCCCAAGCAAUGCAUUGUCAUCAGAAGAGAGAUACAAAGGGUCAGCAUCUCAUACCGCCAGAUCUCAGAACCAUAAUAAGUUCUACGAAUCAAGGCCCCCUCCAACACAGAACAGUGAAGCUUUGUCCAGCACAGUGGAUCUAGUUGAGAUGAUGACCUACACAAAGCAUGAUAAGAGUUUAGUAUGA